AUGAGUAAGGCCUUGGACCGCAUCUCCCAGGCGCCCUUCAUGUGCAAGAUAGAAGGGGCUGAACUUUCUCGGCGGUUCCACCAACCCACUUUCACCAUAUAUAAUGGUCGAACGGAUCCCGUAGAGCACGUAAGUCAGUUUAACCAGAGGAUGGCCGUACAUUCCAGAGACGAAGCUUUGAUGUGCAAAGUGUUCUCGUCCAGUUUGGGACCUAUGGCGAUGAGGUGGUUUGACAGCCUCAAGCCAAACUCCAUAAAUUCCUUUAAGCAGCUAACCCAGGCUUUUGGUUCUCACUUCAUAACGAGCAGUAGGGUUCCUCGUCCCUUGGAUUCCCUCCUGUCCAUGUCCAUGCGAGAAGAAGAGACCCUGAGGGCCUACUCGGAUAGGUAUUGGGAGAUGUAUAACGAGAUAGAGGGAAAUUAUGAUGACGUCGCCAUCAGCACCUUCAAGAGAGGUCUGCCGACAGAGCACGGUUUAAGGAAAUCCCUAACUGGGAAACCGGUCACCAGCGUGUGCUAG